CGAUCGGAUCUCUUAUUUCACAGAGUUCCUUUGCAGUUCCAGACACACACGCUUUAGACUCCAGCUGCUGGGGAUCUGAGGUGAAGGACUCACUGCUUACUGCAGAACCUGGCCAGUAUAUCACAGGAAAUCCCCUGCAUUCUAAACCUGGUUUAUUUUGUCUGCUGCAUUCUAAUUCUACUUUAUUUUGCUAACCCACUGAGAGGACGUUGCAUAGGUUUUUGAACUGAUCACAAGGACCUUAAAUCAAGAUCUGCAAGAUUUUUGUGUUUUCCAUCAUGUUACAUUGGAAAAACUAUAUAUCUUCCAAUGUAAACUCAUUUUAACCAUUUACAAUUUGGACACUUUUGAGGACAUUUGCAUUUUUUUUUCUUAGAGAAUGCAUGCUUCUUAGACGUCAUUUAUCUUAAAAUCCAGAUUGUGUAAAUCCACUUAAAAAAAUAGAAUUGGAUUUAGGACGACAUAAAUUGGACCAAUGGAUACAAGCACCCUUAUCACCCAUACAAAGACCCUGCUCAGGACAGAUCCAUUCUCUGAUAACUACCGGCUGGUGGGGAAGGAGCUGGGCAGGGGAAAGUUUGCAGUGGUGAAGAAGUGUGUGGAACUAGUCACGGGCAAAGAAUAUGCCGCCAAGUUCCUGCGAAAACGCAGAAAGGGAGAGGACUGCCGUUGCGACAUUGUGAACGAGAUUGCCGUCUUGGAAAUGGCCCGGUUCUCUCCCUACGUAGUGGAUCUCCAUGAGGUGUAUGAGACGAACAGCGAGAUUAUUCUGGUGAUGGAAUAUGCCGCUGGUGGAGAAAUAUUUAAUCAGUGUGUAGCAGACCAAGAUGAAGCUUUCACAGAAAAAGACGUGAUCCGGCUGAUUCAUCAGAUUCUUCAAGGCAUCUCAUACCUACACAGAAACAAUGUUGUCCAUCUAGACUUAAAGCCUCAGAAUAUUUUGCUGACAAGCUCUAAUCCACUGGGCGAUAUUCGUAUUGUGGACUUUGGACUGUCCAGACAGGUAGACACCAUUAAAGAAGUAAGAGAGAUCUUGGGAACACCUGAAUAUGUAGCUCCUGAGGUACUAAAUUAUGAACCAAUCAGCACUGCUACAGACAUGUGGAGUGUUGGGGUGCUAACCUAUGUCAUGCUUACUGGAGAGUCACCCUUCCUUGGAGACACCAAGCAAGAGACAUUUUUGAAUAUAUCACAAGUGAACAUCGAAUACUCACAGGGGGUGUUUGAAGGCAUCUCUGACCAGGCUGUUGAUUUCAUCAAAUCUUUGCUCAUUAAGAACCCAAGGAAAAGAGCUCGAGCAGACCAGUGUCUCAAGCACCCUUGGCUUUCUCCUCAAGAUGAGUCUGAUCCUUUAAAAGACAAGAGUUUUGAGCAGAAGGAAAGUGAAUUGAAGACGCCUGAUGCUACAGAAGACAUAGUACUGUUGGCUUCCUACACUGUACGCUGUCCAUGCCAUACCAUAGAGACUGAUCUGAAUGUUGUGAGGAAACCAUUUACAGCUCUUCCUGAUAUACAGCAAGAAGUUGUUUGUUAAAAGCUAUAACCUUACAGAUUACAUCCAAAGUGGGUCCAGUUUUAGACAUUACCAAACUGUAUGACCCAUGUCCUCUAAAUGUAGCAAGUGCCUGUCUUGAAAAGAAGAAAGUUGACCUCUUUGUCUUCAAGCAACUCUGAAGUCAGAACACGGUGACUUACGUUGAUUUAGUUGUCAAAAGAACUAUUGUGAAAACCUAUACACCUUUGAACUUGGUGUUUGUGGCAUUUAUAAUGUCUGGUGUUUUGUGAUUCAGCGUUGCUGCUUUGGAAAGCUUCUGAACCUAAACUUGGACUUCUAAAGGCUUAGCUCUUGGAAAUUUGUCACGCAGUCUUUCAGUUUUAACCGCUCUUCAUGCUACCUGGAGAACAUUAUGGAGCUUACUUAGAAACCCACUAGAAAGUUAGUUCAGGGCUUAUUAAAAGAACUUUCUAAAGUUCAUAUGCUGAAUGCCACUCAGUAUGCUAAAGACAAAGCACCUAGUUAGAGAAACUUUGUUUAUUGCACUUGGAAAGAUUUUAAUGUUGCAUGGUUUAUUUUUUUAUGAAACCCCAAUUCACCAAACUUGUAAAGUAUAAAAGUCAUGGUAUAUUAAUGUAUUUAUAAAAAGAAAAUAAUUUACUGUCAGGUAUUACCAUUUUGUUCUGUAUGAAAUAUAACUCACAUCUUGAAUGACCCCAUUACCUGGAUUUUCCAUGCUUCUAGAUAACAGUAGAUAAAUACACUCUCUGCCCAUCAUAUUCGCAUACUAAUAGGGUCACGUAUAAUGCUUUGUGGACACUGGUAUGACCCUUGAGAAGUGCAAUCAGGGAAGUGUUUAAAAAUAUUUCUCAAUGGCCAUGUAAAUAAGAAAAUCUAGUAGAUUUGUGUGGCCCUCUUACUUCUCAGCUUUCAAAAUUUCUAAGUUAUCUGCAAUGAGGUGUGUGUGGCUGUUUUGAGAAGCAGCAUUACUAUCAGGGUUAUUCACUAUCAAAGUGAAUUUCAAAUUUAAGGUCAAAUAGCUGAACUGAACACAGCCAUGCUAUCAGUUCUGCUACUCUGCCCUUAAAUUUGAAAUUUGCAUAGAAUCUUCCAUUUAGUAAUUAACCCUGUAUGUGCCUUCUUCCCUUGACAUUUUGUUCCCUCCGACCUUUAGUGAUCAUUUUAGCCUAGUGCCUGACAUGGUCAGUAUACGCACUGCUCUCAAUUAUGGCACAUGCAGACUUAUGUGUAAGUCCUGUGAAAUGUACAAGCCACUUGGAUGUUGCCUGUGCCAACGACCUGAAUCCUGUGUUAACUACACAACGGCUGUUUGGACACGAGCAAUAAGUAGUGGUUUAAUGCACAAAUGUAAAUGAUGGGCAAUGAACAAUGAAUGGAAAAUGAAUGAAUCUAUAGCUCGUGAAGGUACAGCUAGUGAAUAUAGAUUGUGUUAAAGGGAAACUCCAGUGUCAGGAAAACAAUCGGUUUUCCUGGCACUGCAGGUCCCCUCUCCCUCCCAAUCCCCAGUUGCUGAAGGGGUG